AUGGACAAUGACCAAGGAGGAAGAGAGGGUGGAGAAGGGAGAGUCCCUAGAGGGCUCAGCCUUGAGCAAGCCUACAACUUGCGUAGGGAUAGGCAACUUGAUGACCUAACCACACGCAUGGAUGAACUAAUGCGCAUGAUGCAACAAGGUAUGCAGGGAAAUAGGCGCAACAACUCUCCUAGUCCUGUUAGGAGUGUACAUACUAGCAACCAUGAAGCUAGUUCUGAUGAGGAGGUUCACCAUCCAAGGCAUAGACAACCACCAAGAGAUGAUGAUCGAGGGCUAAGGCUUGAUCUUCCGGAUUUUGAUGGUGCCAUGAAGCCCGAAAAGUUUCUUGAAUGGCUGCAAAGAAUGGAAAGAGUCUUUGAUUAUAAAGACUAUGAUGAUGCUAAGAGGUUUAAGAUAGCUAUCCUAAAGCUUAUAGGUUAUGCUAGCCUAUGGUACGAGAAUUUAAAGAACAAGAGGCGCAAAGAUGGUAAACCUAGCCUAUGUUCAUGGGAGAAGUUGAAGACUAGGAUGAAGAAGCGUUUCCUUCCUUCUGAUUUCACACAAGAUAUGUUUAGAAAGCUUCAAGUUUUGCAACAACACUCUCUAAGUGUGGAGGAAUAUGUGGUGGAGUUUGAGAAGAUAAACAUGCUAUGUGAUGUGGAUGAGAAAGCCGAACAUAAAAUUGCUCGUUUCAUUGCUGGUUUGGAUAAGAAGCUAGCCAAGAAGUGCUAUGAGGCUAAGAAGUAUGUUAAGGCCAAGAAAGCCUCCACCUUUAAGCCUUUUGUGAAGCAAGGAGAGAAAACCUAUGGUGGCGCCAAGAAAGAAGAAGGUAGUACAUCUACUUCUUCCACUAAGUUUGACAAGUUUAAGGGGGAUAAGGGGAAGACUUCUACACCCUUAGCCACAGAGGAGAGGCACAUAUGCUUCAAGUGUAAAGGUUAUGGACAUAUAUUAAAGGAUUGCCCUAAUAAUCGAGUCAUGACAUUAAGGGACAUACAAGAGAUUGAUGAUGAAUAUGCUAAGGGCAAUUUUGAAGAAGAGGAGCAUGAGGGGGAAAAAGAACAUGAUGACGAGGCUUCAUAUGAAGUAGACUCAAAAGAGGAGCCAGUUCAUGAGGGACAACAACUCAUAGUGAGGCGUAUGCUCCACACACAACCAACCCUUUUGGACCACACUCAAAGGGAUAAAAUCUUUUUCACUCGUUGCUUGACUACUUCACACCAUCCACGCCCCUAUAAGCUCAAUUGGCUCAGUGAUGAUAAUGGCAUCAAGGUGACAAAACAAGCCUUGAUUUUGUUCGAAAUUGGCAAGUUCAAAGAUGAGGUUCUAUGUGAUGUAUGCAACAUGGAUGCUUGUCACAUCCUUUUGGGACGGCCAUGGCAAUAUGAUAGGCAUGUGAAGUAUGAUGGCCGUACCAAUGUAUGCAUUGCUACUGUGGGAGGUAAGAGGACUGCCUUGAAGCCUUUGACUUCCACUCACUACAAAAAAAAUUGGCUAUAG